GAGUCGCUCUGCUUCCGCUGUGCGGUUUACACAUGUGGCGGCGGUGCAGCAGUGCUGACCCGGGAUCGUUCAUUAAAAACAAUGUCAGGAAUCGCGUUGUUUGGGACGGCGAGAGGACUGCGAUUGAUACUGAACAGCACCCAUGCCGGAGCCGUCAGCAGCACCCUCCCUAAAAUCCCCGCCUGUGGAUAUGCGAAGAAAGUCGCGACAAAAGGAAAGGGAAAAGGCAUGGCAAAGGAUGCCCAGAAGGGCCCUGAGGUGUGCAAGGACCCCGUGAAGCUGACCACUCACGCCAUGGGCGUCAACAUCUACAAGGAGGGCCAGGACCCUCCACUGCGGGCUGCCACAGAGUACCCCGAGUGGCUCUUCCAGCUGGACCUGGGCCCUCCCAAGCAGCUCUCGGAGCUGGACCCAGAGAGCCGGGAGUACUGGAAGCUCAUGAGGAAGGAGCACAUGUGGCAUUUCAACAAGCUGCACAAGGGCAAGAAGUUAUAGUGCACCCAACUAGACAGACAGACAGACAGCCAGACAGACAGCCAGAGCUCGCCCACACAGGGGUCUGUUCAGUUAGAGGUGGAUCUGCGUGCAGCCGUGGCUAUUAAUCCUUCAAAUAGCAUUUUACUUAUUAAAGAUCCCUGCUUGAAUUAUUUUAGAUCCCUCACUGAUUAGAUCUAUUGAAUACUGCAGAUGAUGAUUAAGGUACCACAAGAGACUUUCUGCUACUCUGCAUAAGACAACAUGCUAUACUUUUAUUGUCCCUCCCGAAUGUUUUUGUAUAAAAAGAACUUUUAAAUAAUGCAAAAGUAUCUGCUUAGCCCUUGUUUGUGUUUGUGUGGUUGUGGUGACCAGUGACAGUGUAAUUUGAAAUAGAAAAUAUGCACUUAGUGUCAUUUUACAGGAAGAAGCUCGCAGGACAAAGAAAUGUGUGAAGAGAAAUGUACGUGUGACUACAUGCUUGCAACCUGAUGACUGGAAACAGGCUUUGACAUCUGAAGCUGUGCACGCCCUCAACUUUUUUGAACGUUUCAGUAUCAUUGGUACCUGUUAUAUUAAAUAAUAAUGAUUUAAUAAAGAACUUAUGUAUUGGUAA